AUGAAGCUCACCUCGGCCUCUUUGGUAGCCUUUGGCCUCGCGGGUCUGUCAGAGGCCAGUGGCAGGGUUAACUUACGGCCUCGUGAGAAGAAUUCCUCUGCUAUCAAUGUCAAUCUUUCCAAUUGGUGGAAUGUUACUGACUACCAAUGGUAUGGCAAAGUGUCUGUCGGAACUCCUCCGCAAGAAUUCAAUGUCCUAUUCGACACAGGUUCAAGCGACUUAGUGAUUGCAAGAAAAGAAUGCACAACAUGCGGCAACUACACUGUUUUUGACGCCUCCAAAUCCAGUACAUUUUCCAAGAUACCAGGAUACCCGUAUCAGGCCAGCUACGGUACGGGCGGUAACGCGGAGCCAUUGACCGAGAGGGCCGUAAUGAAUGGAACAAUCGUGUCUGACGUCGUCGCUAUCAACGGUGUCUCAGUAGCGAACCAGACUUUCCUGCUUGUUGACGAUUACCCCAAGGCGCUGGGUGAAAAUCCACUUGGCCCCAACAUUGAUGGCAUCUUUGGUCUUGGUCCUCCUGGCGCAUCUGUAUUCAGCUCAGAAUACAACGGCACCUUCAUCACGACUUUCUGGAACCUGGUUCAGUCGGGUGCAUUGCCUGAGUCUGUGUUCUCACUUUACCUCAACUCAGGCUCGAGUACUUCUGGCGAGGCCACACUUGGUGGUGUUGACUCAUCCAAGUACGAGGGAGAGCUUACCAAGGUCGAUAUAAACCAAACCGUCACUGGUGCAAUCGGCGAGUGGUUUAUCAACACGCCCAAGUUCUACGUCGACGGGAAGACGAUUAAGAAUUCAAACACAAGCCAAGAGUUCCCCGCAGCCAUUUCUCUCAUCGAUACCGGCACGGCCUUCAUCCAGGCUCCCGACUACCAAACAGCCGCAGACAUUUACGCAGCCAUCAGCUCCGAGAUCAAGCCUCUCGAUGAUCUAGGUGUUUGGGGGGCUCCGUGCGAUGUUAUGGAGAAACUCGCACCUGAGCUCACGUUCACUAUCGGGUCUGAGGAGAAGAAGGCCAAUGUGACAAUGCCCAAGGCAGCGUUCAACCUCGGUCGCCACAAGUCUCACCCCAACAUCUGCCAGGCAGUCAUUCUGCACGCUACUGAGCCGCUGUCUGAGACUGAGACUGUAUGGGUCAUUGGAAGUCCGGUGUUGAAGGGCUACUAUACUGUCUGGGAUGGCAAGAAUAUGCAACUCGGUCUUGGUAACCUGAAGGGCACGCCCACCAGCGGCAAUAAUACGGCCGUCGUUUCCAGCAUUCCAAGCCCAACAAGCGGCAGUAGAGUAUCCUUGGUGCCGGGGAUUUUGGCCCUGUUCGUCAGUGCUGUGGUACUGGGGUUUUAUCACCCAGUUCUCAAUUCUUCUUUUUUCAAGGAAUGCGGAAGGGGAUCACACAAUUAUAGAAAAUGUAAUAAUUAG